AUGAGCACGAGAAUACUGCCGUCGUGGCACCGCCUGCUGGGCCUUUCGUCGCAACGCCCGCCGUGGUACAGGGCUCGUCUGCGGGAAGAGCUGGCCGAGCGACGGGAGGCGCGGACGGCCCUCGCCAGGCUGAGCGAGACGUCCGACGUCUUCUACACCCUGGGCAGGGCACGACACGACGGCUAUCCGUUGCGGCGGACGCCGGCGUUUCGCCUCGGGCAUGCGCCGGUAUACGCCUACAUGCUGUCCAAGUACACCUCCCGCUGGAUCUUCUACCAAGCCGCCGCCUUUCUUUGCGGCUCAGCCCGCUUCCGCCAGGUGCGAGAGGUGGUGAAUCCGGCACGCGACGUCAAGCUCGGCCAGGUCGCGUCGCGCCAUCACCUCGAGCCUGGCGAGUUUGUGCGGGUGUGCCGUCGCUUGCGGCGCGUCUGGCCUCUCCUCCCGUAG